AUGCUGCAUGUAGAAUUGAUAACAUUCAUAGUAAAGUAUCCCUUGAAAAAAAUAUUACCUCAUAAAAUAUUGGAAGAAAUAUUAGAAGCAGAAAAUUAUUAUGCAUUUUUACAAUCCACUAUCAAUCUUGUCAAUCAAUUAUGGAAUCCAUUCAUGAAUUCAUUACAAUCAAAUCAUGAUUGGAAUUUAGAUUCAUUUCAAUUUGCAUCAGAUAUAUGGAGAUUAAAACGAAAUGAAUAA